AUGUGCGACCGCCCCGAGCAGUUAAACGAUGGCAUGAAUAGUGCUCGGCUUGGAACUCCCAUGUACCGCACAGGACUCGAUGAGAACCUGAGGAGUCAGCUUAUGCGAGAAGGACGCUGCUUCGCCUGCCGUCAGCGUGGCCAUCGCAUCUCUGAUAAUAGAUGCAGCACGUAUCCAGCCAUGUCGUCAACUCACGACCCGCCGAUCCGACCACUACGCCAGUCGAACGACACAGAGAACAGCGAGGAUCCCGAACCGAAAGCAAAUGCGAUGCAGGAAGUCACCACGACCGUCGAGCUUAUUGAAAGAGUACUCGUUCAACUCCCUCCCGAUCAGCUGCUCAAGAUCGGCCGGACAUGCAAGCAAUUCGACUCCAUCCUCAAGACAAGUCCCACCGUUCAACUGGCCCUGUGGCAGCGCGCAUCGUCCAACACCACCCCGAGCAGCUGGAUCUGGGAUGGCUCGAAAAUCCUGGCGGACCAGGAUGCCAAAGACUUUGCCAACGCCAAUCCCGCCACCCAGCAGGAGGAGCGCAAAAUAUACGCAAUCAACCCUCUCCUUCUCCGACUCCCGGUAACAGAUCCCAGACCGCCCACCUUGCACUUCCUGACCAAGCCGCUACCACGAGCUUUCGCCGUACGCUUGAGUUUCGCCAAGCGUAACAUCGACAACGCUACCAACCACGUCCUCACGCGAAUGGACGGCGCAAAGAUACAGCAGCUCCCACCAUAUGCCACAUGCCCCAGUAUGCAGCUUACUGACCCACCUGUGUGCAAGAUCAUCGUCGUGGUCUCCGCAGAGUGCAGCAGUUUCGUUCAAAUGGACAUGAACGGGAUGCCUAGGCUCAUGAACAGGAAGCUGGAGCGGUGUACAAUCGAGAAGGAAGCAGGUAUGUUGUUCAGAGACGUGGUCGAAGUGCUGAAGGGAGGAUCUGGAGGUAACAGGGGCACCAGUCGCAGCAACGGUCUGAGUGGCGACGUUCUCAGCCAUCUCGAAUUACCAGGUGGCUUCCCGAUCACUGAAACGGAGAUGCGGGAGUACAAGGUGGAUCUCGAGAAGACCACGAAGAUCCAAAAGUUCAAGGAAGAGAUGGCGGCUCUUGUUGGCGCUCGUGAUUGA